GUCCCACUAUGAUCAGGCCAAAAACUCGUCCAGCUGCCAGGUCUUGGUUUCACGUCGCUCAGUACAAGACCGCCGCAGCCCAAUCGAGCGAACCCUUACUAGAACCCCUCCUUGUUCGUAACCCUGCCACCGGUGAUAUAAUUUCUUUAAUAGAGCCUCCAACAUCCGAAGCAGUCGACGAAGCAGCUUCCCCCCUUUCGCGGUCGAAUGUCCUGUCAAAGCUGGCUCAGUUGUUAGAGGAGCGCGUCUCUGACAUGGCUCGAAUCGAAACCUUACAGACAGGAAGAGCCAUUCGCGAAAUGAACGCUCAGAUAGGUCGUCUACCCGAAUGGCUCCGCUAUUUCGCAGCUUUAUUGCGAACCCAUCAGGGAUUCAUAGCACCCACUCAAGGGAAGUUGCUGAAUUACGUGAACCGGGUGCCCCUCGGCGUUGUCGCUCAAAUAACGCCCUUCAACCACCCUUUACUCAUCGCUGUGAAGAAACUUGCACCUGCGCUGGCGGCGGGUAACAGCGUGCUUGUAAAACCUUCCGAGCUUGCCCCACUUUCGUUGCUGGAAUUUUCCGAACUCGCAAGCGCUGCUGGAUUACCUGAUGGGGUAUUCACCGUUCUACCUGGACGUGGGCCCUCCACCGGAGCACAGCUUGCAUCUCACUCACUUGUCCGAAAAGUGGAUAUUACAGCCGGGACACAAACUGGCCGCUCAAUCGGAGCUAUAGUUGGGUCAAACUUGGCUGCUUUCACAGCCGAGCUGGGUGGUAAAGCGCCAGUCGUUGUCUUCAAUGAUGCGGACCUUCUUUCUGCAGUUAACGGUGUUGCGUUCGCAUCCUUUAUUGCUUCUGGUCAAACAUGUGUUUCUGGCACACGCAUAAUCAUCCAGGACAAAAUUUACCACAAUUUCAUGAAAGUAUUCCUAGAAAAGGUCGGAAGUAUCGCUCGGAGGAUUGGAAACCCAUCGAACCCCAUGUCUUCGAUGGGUACUGUAAUAUCGGAACAUCAUCUUGAACGUAUACAUCGGAUGGUGAGUAGUCGUAACAGCGGAAAAGUUCUCAUUGGGGGGUAUCGGAUGUCUGGUAUAUCACCCCUCGAUGAUUUUGACUUGUCUCGCGGAUGCUUUUACCACCCCACUGUGAUCGAAGACGUGGAUGUCCAAGACGAAAUAUGGGAAGAAGAAAUUUUCGGACCCGUAGUUGUGGUUAAGAAGUUCGCGGGCGAGGCGGAGGGCGUGGCGCUUGCGAACAUGUCCAAGUAUGGACUUGGGGCUGGUGUCUGGACCAGCAAUUUAUCACAAGCGCACCGUGUCGCAGACUCUAUUCAGGCAGGCCUUGUAUGGAUCAAUACACAUCAUCGCAAUGAUCCUAGUUCCCCUUGGGGCGGUAUGAAAGAAAGUGGCAUUGGCAGGGAAAAUGGCAUCGAAGCUCUGGAAGCGUAUUCGCAGAGUAAAUCCGUUAUAGUGAAUACGGCGACUGCCGAAGAAUCCCAAGUGCAAGAUGACUGGUUUAGUGAAGUAGGGAACAAAAGGCGAUACGGAUAAGUGCUUGUGUUACAUCAGAUACGUACUUGGCGUGCUAGACAUCGAGAUACAGAAGUGGGGUUGUGAUGCAAUGGUGGCUACUCUGUUGUCUUCACAGCUUCCUUAGCUACAGGCUGUCACAUACGUCAGUUUGGCGUCGUGGGUACAUGGCAAGUACAAUUACCUGUGUUUGUUCCAUUGGUGGUUCGUCUACGAAGUCAGGGACUUUAUUGAGAUCAGUUAAAUAUGAUCCGCCUUCCUCAUCGUCCUCAAGUUGGAGGGCGUCCAAUUCUGUGCCAAUCGAGGUGACGAUAGUUUCUGCGUCUCCACUGAAAUACUUACCUGCUUCAAGAUCAGCCUCGUCAAUCACAUCAGGUACGGCAUAAGAGCGUGCCAGCGACUCCUGUAUUUCGUUAGCCUGCUCUACCAGAUCUUCCAGCUCG